CUCUCAAGAGUGCGGACGAAUGUUGGCGCACGAAAUUUUCCGACUCGUGAUAGACAGCUAAAGUCUCCUGUCAAAGAUACACUCGGAUCGACCAUGCGUCGCAAUUAGACCGAAUUCUUUGUCCAUAGAAUGAGAACCAAACAUAACUGCAUCAUAUAACGCCUUUUCCAACAAGAGUGCUGCUCUAAAGAUCACUCGCGUAGCUUAGGCGUACUCAUGGUAUAUAAAGAAGCCAUAUCCAAGUCUCCCCAAGACAGACUCUCAAAACACCUGAGCCCAUCCAUAAAUCACCCCAGCCUCAUCUCGAGUCCCAAGAGCCCAACGUGUCCUCCUCACAAAACAAACUCCCCAGCACAAUGCAAGCCUGGCAAUUCACUCGCACCGGCCCAGCACGCGCCAUUCUCUCGCUCCAAUCCAUCCCCGUUCCACCACGCCCCAUAGACAACGAGGUCCUCAUCCGUAUCACCCACAGCUCGCUCAACGGUGGCAGCAACCUCCUCUUGACCCUGAUUCCAAUGUUAUUCCGCAGCCCGCCCUGCACGCCUGGCAUCGAGUUCUCGGGCGUCGUUGAAUCUGUUGGCCCGUCGUACUCGAAGACGAAUCUGCUGCCUGGCACGCGUGUCUUUGGCACGCUCGAUAAGCGUGCUCAUGUUAGGGGUAAGGGCGCGUUGGCGGAGUGGCUGCUGGUGAAGGAGGGUGAGGUUGUGAUGGUUGCGGUUCCAGAGGGCGUGGAGCUUUCGCAGGCUGCUGCUAUGUCUGCGAGUGGGUCCACGGCUGUGUCGAUGUGUUUGAGGGCUGGGUUGAAGGGAGGCGAGCGAGUGCUGGUGAAUGGAGCGAGCGGUGGGGUGGGCAGUUUGCUGGUGCAGAUUUUGAGGAACUUGGGUGUGCGGGAGAUUGUGGCUGUUUGCUCGGGAAAGAAUGCAGACUUUGUGAAGAGGCUUGGUGCUGAUGAGGUCUUGGACUACAACGUCGCGCCUGUUGAGCAGCAACUGAUCGACAAGUUCUCUGCGAGACCGUUCGACGUCAUUAUGGACACUGUAGGCAUACAGUCGAUCUUCACAGACAGCCCACACUAUCUCAAGAAUACCGGCGUCUUCGUCAAUGUCGGGGCGAUGGCCAACGGUCCGUGGCUGGGGUUCUGGUAUUGGUUUCUCAAUUCCAACCUUCCUCUUCUGUUGGGCGGCAUACCCAGGAAGUACAUCAUGUUCAGCAACAACAUUGACGAAGAGCAGCUAGGCAUGCUCGCACACUGGGCUGGCGAAGGUAAGCUUGUUGUACCAGUUGACCAGACGUUCGAGUUGGACAGGGCACUUGAUGCGUAUGAUUUAGUAGAGAGCGGCAGAGUACGAGGGAAAAUCGUCAUCAACGUCUAGAAGCUUCAAUAAUGAUGAAGGAUCCUCAUAGUGUGGUGUGGCAAAAGAAGAG